GAAAUUUGAACAAAGAUCUCAUACGCACGAGCGAAAACCUCAUGAAAUUGUGGUUCAAAAUGUUCAGACACAGAUCCAGAAAGCCCCCCUGCUCCUGCAUGUUAAAGAUUCGCGAAUCGGAACCCCGCUCAGAAUUGUCGUCCUUGUCGUCUACGAAUGAAUUCAUGAUCUCUCUGUAAUAUCCCCAGUGCAGCAAUCGAUCGCUCUACCUAGUUGUAGUACAUACUUCGUACUCAAUCACAACCUUGACAUUGACUUUGACUCUUGCGGAGUGGACUGUAGUUGAUAGUUGCUACAUAUCUGAGUUUUUGCAAUAAAGAAUCCAAACUUUAUUUCUUAGGAUUGUUGCGUAAGUGUUAAAAGCAAGAUCGCUACCGCAGGAAGAUACAGAUACUCGAUCUGACUGAAGAAAGUUCCAACAACUUUACACCAUGGCCUCUUUAUCCAUGAGAUUUGCUGCCGUCGUCGUCCUGUCGCAGUUGCUGGAGCCCUGCUCUGGCGCAGACUUUCCACCGGUCAGGCGCAAUCUGUUUGAGGAAUUUGAAGAAGUCGCUCACAUUCCUGAUUCUCCGAGGACCUUCGCCGCCCCCCAGCCCGCUGCCGCUGAUUUUUUCGACGGAGAGAACGAGCUCAGCCCGAUCGCGGGAAUAAAUGCGGACGACUUUGGCUUUGGAGAUGGGCCUCUCACCCCGGCAUCCGAGGCGAGCACGUACGCGAACAGCCAGAAUCAGACUCCUGGAACCCCAGAGGAGAAUCUGGGUGAGCUAGCCGAGGUCGUUGCUGCACCGGCAGCGCAAGAACAGGCUGAAGACGUCGAAGAGCAAUUAGGCCCAAAUGGAACGCCGUCCAGUCUGGCGCUGUCGCGGUCGAGCGAUGGUGACGCGGAACUGUCGGUGACAUUGACAACACCUCGCAGUACUAAUUCCUCCUCCUCCUCUAACGGCUCGUCACGGCCAGAAGAGCACCACCCCUCUCCGCACAGCGCGGUUGCGGGUCGAGGUAAUGCGGUUGGCCGGUGCUUGCUUGAUGAGGUGUCCGCAGCCAGUUGCACGGCGGGCUCGGGCCGCGUAGUUUCGCCCUCGGUCUCUCCCGGGACGCGCGCCAGCGAUAUUUCUGGCGUCCUCGCCGACGAAAGUCAAGAAAAUCUUUUCGCAGACGCCUCCCCCUGCAGCGUGAUUCUGACGAAUCCAAGGCCGGAGUUCAUGAGUCGCCGAGGAGAAGAAGGCUCAUCUUGUGCUGCAAGCAGUGCCGCGCCACUGCUGUCGUCCUCGGCGAGAUCUGUUGACGUGCCGGUGCAAGUCGUGACAACGACUUCUGCAACCCAGUAUGGUGGAUCAUCGUCUUCUUCUUCUUCUUCUGCACCAGCACCUCCUGCUUCCACCGGAACAUCAAAUCAACUCUCUGCCAGUGCGAGAUCCACCGUGCAGAUGAUCCCGGUAGAACAACAUCAAAUUGCGCAGCGGUCCCGCCGAGCCUCCGCGCCGCCUACAACUUCUAUUCUGAGGCGGUCAAAGUCCACGAACGACUUGCGCUCCCGUCGUGUUAAAUUUGCUCCGGCAGAUGCGCUGGAGACUACGAGAAGAUAUCACGUCGAAGGGACAAACCUGCGACCCAUGCCGCAGAGCGUGCCGGCGCAAUACCGCCAAAUCCGACCCGUACACAUUCCGCAUGCGUUUACCGCAGUUGAUACCCCGAUGUCGCAACAGCUUCAUUAUCCCAUUUCUGGGUUCAACCAGCCGAGCACUGCUGCCGGAACAACUUCUCGUGUCGUGGGUCCCGUCGUGCAGCAGCACAAUCAGGCCGCGAACAGUUACCUAUACCAGCCGCAGCAAAGGAAUUCCUCCUUUCAGCAGCAAUUCGGCCUCGGCGCGGUGCCAACGAUCCCGCGAGGAGGUUAUACUUUUUCUCAGUGAAGAAGAGCAGAAAGUCUGUCCAAAAUUCAUACUCGUUUAUGUCAGUGUAGUUUGAUGAUCCUUCGAAAACUCCGAAUGUAGUAUCAACAAUGGUCCUCUUCCUUGCUGCAGUCUAGCCAGGUUUGUGAAAAUGCAUUUCAAUUUUUAUAGGAUCAUGGCGCGCACAUGGUCAUGGUGUUGUAUGAUCUGUGAGGAAAAUUAUUUGAAUUCAGUAGGCACAAAUGACGUAGCUGCGUGUGCAAGAAAUACUGCACGAGCAUCAAGUUCAAGCUAUAGUAAAAUUAAACAAGCAACAGCCCCCAACGAACUUAUCUCGCAUGUCGCACGACAACGACAUUCCUUUCAUGCAUAGCUGCAUUUGCAAUUGCAAUUGCACCUGCUUUAAUUUUCUAGUAGUAUGCAUAUGAAAUUAAAACAUAGAAAGUGAAAGUGAUCGCCGAUUCUGGACAGGAUUCCUUUAGCGCAUGACAACAGCACGCAUUUCCUUCUCGCGAGUUCUUUAUCAGAACGGUUUAGAAAGUUUUAUCCCUAUCAUGCCGCACGCAGCUGAUUAUAUGCUGUAUAGGCAGGAGGAUAUUUCAUCUGGAAGACAUUUUUAGUGGAUUGCUACCACGACGAGAACCCCCUCGUGGGUUCUUGAUCUAGACAUUUUUACGAAGAAAACAGAUCAACACUGAAGCUCCA